GGAAAAGGCGUACAUAGACUCAUAGUGCAUGGUUAUAGAAAAUCAUUGCCAAACAGAUCCGCAUAAAAGGAGAGACCCAGGCCAUCAUAUAGACAGAAGAGGGCAAGCAGACGACAUUGUAAUUGAAGACGAUUUUUGGUUACCUAUAAAAAGACAGAAAAGGUUAGUUAGGUCUGAUCAUGACUUUGUUGUUUAAAACUGUUGCAUUCUUUAUUACUGAUAUUAAUGCUCUUAUUCGAAUUAACGUUCAACUUAUCAAGCCUACAAAUAUUUAGUUUACAUGCAUAAGUUAGAUUUUUCGUUACAGUUAAUACACGAGAUUUAAAUUUUCAACCUUCAUGACUUUAGUAUAGAGUAUAACUCUGCUUGUUGACCUAUAUCAAGCUUGUAUAGGUUGAUGAUGGUGAGUUGUCAACCUUUAUAUAAUAAGAACUGUAUUUCGAAAGCAUUGCACUGGCCACUGCUCUUAUAUAGCCAAUCAGAAUUUUUUCAUGUAUAUUAUUAUUAGUUUAAUAAUUAAGAGGCAAUUUUUUUCAAUGUCACGUAUAUUUGCAAUGAAAAGUGUUCAAAACCUAAAAUCUUUUGGCGUUCCUCUCAAAAUUACUUUGUUUUAGCUUUAUUCUCUAGCUUAUAGAGUUAGCUAUUUUUUUAAAUACAUCUUCCGGUUGAGAAACAUAAAAUAAUAGUUAAAAAUUGUCAAUUAAAAUACAAAUAUCAAUGAUGCUUUAUAAAACUGACGCCAUAUUUACAGCCAUAUAAGCAAAACUCACUGAACUUCACACAUAAUUUUCUCUUUGGCGUAUCAUCUAAAAUCUCUUCAUUUUGGCAUUAUUUUACAGAUAAAGCACUAAACAUACUUUUUAAGUUUGUUUACCGAUUGAGAAACGUAUCGAAAAAUAAAAAUUUUGAAUUUAGUCAUAACCUCAAGCGAUAUAUUAUACGCAUUAGUUUUGAGCGCGUGUUACGUAACAUACAAAAAAAUCUCCUCUUAAUUACAACAGAAAUAUUUCGAAUAUACGCUAUGUUUACAUAAUGUGGUCCUACCAAGACAGAAUAUUAAGUGGCUCAUAUUAACAGGCCCUUAUAGAUGACGUUUGUGUUUAACUUGUUUAAAUUACCCUACAGAUUCCUAUCACGAUGACUUCCACCACCACGAAACUGCUUUUCCUGACUUUCGCUGUCAUGUAUAUGAUGGUCAUGGCUACAGCUCAGCGUACACCUAAACCACUCGCUGCGAAACCUGAAACUCUGUCACCAUCAUUUUCCUUUAAACCGGUAAGUCAAUGUGCAAUUUUUAAUCAUAAUUUAGUCCUUGAUCAAAAUUUAGUCAGUAUAGCUGGAAUCACCCAUAUUUACUCGAUUGAGCGCCGCCCCCGAGAUCAAUUUUUUUUAAAGAGCGCCGCCCCCGAAUGAGCGCCGCACUAAACAGUGUAAAAAACUUUCCGCGUCAAAAUUGGGACAUUUAGUGACAAAAACCUUUUAAAACUUGUCUAUUUUAUAGUUAAAAAUUCUUGUCAUAGUUCACAAAUAAAAUAUUUUUUAAAGAGCGCCCCCCCCCCGAUUGAGCGCCGCCCCCGAAUGAACGCCGCAUCUGAAGCUCUAAAAAUUUAAAGAGCGCCCGGCGCUUAAACGAGUAAAUUAUUAUUAUUUAAAAUUCUUUAUACACGGUAGCUUAUCAACCUAUUUCUACUAAAAAUAUAUAUAGUUUUCUGAUAGUGAUAAAGUUUCAAAUAAUUGCUUUUCAUAAGGCCGUGUAGAAAUUUAAGCUAAGCAGUAGAACAACAAUUAUAGUAAAUAUCAUGCAUAAACAGGACAUUAUUACAUUUAUAAUAUUCCAUAAAAAAAACCGACAAAAACAUACACUCUAGUAACAGUUUAUUGAAAAAGUGUUUUAUAGCAGUCACUGGCAACUUGAAAAAUUGUUCAAAAUGAAUUAUUUUCGCGAAUGAAAUCUUGUAAUUUAUUUUUGAAAACUCUCUCAGAGAUCGUGAGAUUUUUCAAUUGAAAUACGGUACACUCCAUCCUGUGCGACGAUAAUGCAUGCAAUACAAUCUUUUCAACCGUUGUGUUACCGUCGCAUUAAAAAUAUUGCUCGUGUAUCCGAAGUUUUAAAUCAUUGCUCUAUUUUUAGUGUCCGUUCGAUUGCAACAAAGUAUGUGUGGUGAAAGUAGGAAGUUUUUAUAAAUGCAGCCUUCCAAUUAGCAAGUGUUGCAAGAACGCUUGUGUGUUUUAUCACAAGUGUCUCCUGACUAAACUUGAAUGGGCGUGUUAUGCUGAUACCUUGGAUUAUGUGUGCAAGUGCAGGAAACUUAGUACUAUCAGUACCAAAGAAUAGAAAGAAACACUGGCUUUCGAAUAUAACUUAACCAAUUUAUCAGUAGUAGCUUGACUCUUAAGAUUAUAUAUGUGUUCUUGUAGUGUAAUGGAUGCAUACAGCUAUUUCAAUUAAGAUUCUCCCCGAGCAAAGCGGAAAAGUCAAAUACAAGCGCGACAGGCUGCUAGGAAUCGCUAAAAAAUUCAUUAAUUUUUUAGCGAUUCCCAGCAAGCCUUUCGCACUCGUGUUCGACUUUUCCGCUUUGCUCGGGGACAACCUUAACUGAACUAGCUGUAUACUGUUGUAGGUCAAUUAGAAUAUAGUUCUAAUGUACUUCUAUACUGAAAUGCUUAAUUCUUUGAAAAUUUGUAAUGAAUAAUUAAAUUGAAAUUUGUAAUAAAUGAGUAAAUUUUUAAACUAGAAGUUAUCAUCGCAAGGGAAGUGCUGCCAUCAUUGUUAAAAACCACUGCACAAUAUCUCGACCGAACUAAAAGUAAAAUCAAAACUUUUUUGAAAGGAAUAAAGCUCCUGCAGAUUGUAAAAUCUUUUCCUAUAAAACACUGCAAAUGGCACACUGUAUAC